AUGGAGUGUCUCUCGGGGAGUAUAAGACACUCGCUGCGGAGGUCUGGAUCCCAACUUCGUACUUUUACCGUUCCAAAAAAUUCUUCAUUUCCCUCUUAUCGCCAAUAUGCACUGGUUCCGACACCCCGGCGCAUGAACGGACACAGCCAGUCCGAUCGAUCCGACGCCUCUGAUGCCCCAGUCUCUGUGGAAGAAAUUACGGACCAUUUCCAAGCCCACCCUCUCUCCGGAUACUAUUCAUUGAUUCUGAAAUCAAGCUCGCCCUACCAAGAUGGUGCGCCGACGUCGCGACCGACACCCGUUCGGCCCGAGGCCAGUGUGACGCCGGCAUCUGCCGUUGAACCCCAAUCACCCCAAGAAAAAAUGGCGAUUGUAUUCGGCACCCGUCUUGCCGGCCCAGGUCGAGUUUCGAGGUAUAACCCUGGUGAAGCCCCUCCAGAGUCAACAUGGAAGACUAUAAACGGAGUCCCCAUCCCUCCGCAACCCGAAGAACCAGACAAUUGCUGCAUGAGCGGCUGUGUACACUGUGUCUGGGAUGACUUCCGCGAUGAGAUGGAAGAAUGGGCAUCCCGGGUCACCACGGCGAAAGCCAAGGGUGGUCCUGAGAAGGGAACGAAGGACAUGCGCACGGAGCCUCGAGCGGAAGUCCGCUCGGCUAGUGGAAGCAUGGAUGAUGAUGGCGGCGGCAGCGAGGCAAAUUGGACUCUGCCGAGCCAAGACGAUGAACUCUUUGCCAAUGUUCCCGUUGGUAUUCGCGAGUUCAUGAAAACGGAGAAAAGGUUGCGAGUCAAGCAGCAGAAGGAGGCUACAGCGUGA